CGUACGCGCCCGCGUGCCCAGCCCCCAUUGCCCCUCCCGCGGCUAAGCAGCCAAGAACAUACGAGAAACCUGCACAGCGCUGCACACAGAGAGAGAGAGAGCGCAACGAACAGAAAGAGUGAGAGGCCCGACACUUGCGCCACCCCCUCCCGCUCCCCCUCCCCUCCAUCUCGCCAAAACCAUCCAUUAUUAGCCAGAUGCUGUCGUCGUCGUCGUCCGUCCCCCGUUGAUCUCUCCAAUCUCUUUUAGCCACUCUCGUGCAGACACCGCGCGCGGUCCGCGGAGGAGGAGAAGCUAGCUAGCUCAACGUUGGUUCGCAUCGCCGUCGGAGGGAGUUCAGGCUCAGCCGGCCGGCCGGCAUGGAGGGGAAGCACAUGGUGAUGUCGGCGGUGGGGAUCGGGAUAGGCGUCGGCGUGGGGCUGGGGCUGGCAUCCGCGCCGUGGUCGGGCGGAGGGUCUGGAGGCCCGGCGCGGGCCGGGGUGACGCUGGAGCGGGUGGAGCACGAGCUCCGCCGCCUCGUCGUCGACGGCAGGGACAGCAAGGUCACCUUCGACGAGUUCCCAUACUACCUCAGUGAGCAAACACGCGUCGUGCUGACGAGCGCCGCGUACGUCCACCUGAAGCAAGCAGAGAUCUCCAAAUACACCAGGAAUCUCGCCCCUGCUAGCCGCGCGAUUCUGCUGUCAGGCCCUGCAGAGCUUUACCAGCAGAUGCUCGCCAAGGCGCUCGCGCACUAUUUCGAAGCCAAAAUCCUCCUGCUGGAUCCUACAGAUUUUCUCAUAAAGCUUCACGGCAAAUACGGCACCGGUAGCAGCGAACAGUCUGUUACAAGAUCCAUCUCCGAGACGACUCUUGAAAAGAUGUCUGGAUUACUCCAGUCUUUUACGAUGACUCCACAGAAGGAGCAAUCCAGAGGAGGUAUGCGUAGACAAAGCAGUAUGACCGACAUGAAAUUAAGGAGCUCUGAAAGUACAAACAGCAUGCCCAGGCUCAGAAGAAAUGCAUCUACUUCAUCAGAUAUGAGUAGCCUGGCAUCGCAAGGCCCUCCAAGCAAUUCAGCUCCUCUCAGACGUUCUAGUAGCUGGACUUUUGAUGAGAAAAUGCUGGUGCAAGCGUUAUACAAGGUUCUGCAUAAAGUAUCUAAGAAGAGCCCAAUUGUCCUCUACAUAAGAGAUGUCGAGAAGUUUCUUCAGAAGUCCCCCAAAAUGUUUCUUUUAUUUGAGAAACUACUGGCCAAGCUUGAAGGGCCAGUGCUGCUUCUCGGUUCAAGGAUUGUGGAUAUGGACUUUGAUGAUGAUGAGCUGGAUGACAGGCUAUCUGCUUUAUUCCCAUAUAACAUAGACAUCAAGCCGCCCGAAAAUGAGAAUUGCCUUGUAAGCUGGAACUCCCAGUUAGAAGAAGAUAUGAAGAUUAUUCAGUUUCAAGAUAAUCGGAACCAUAUCACGGAAGUCCUUGCAGAGAAUGAUCUCGAGUGUCUUGAUUUAGGCUCAAUAUGUCUAUCCGAUACAAUGGGCCUCAGUAAGUAUAUUGAGGAGAUUGUGGUAUCUGCAGUUUCUUACCACUUGAUGAAUCAUAAAGACCCAGAGUACCGGAAUGGAAAACUAAUUCUAUCUGCUAAAAGCUUGUCCCAUGCAUUGGAAAUUUUUCAAGAGAACAAGGUGUGCGAUAAGGACACCAUGAAGUUGGAAAGACAUACUGACGCUCGAAAGGUUUGUUUCUUUUUAUUGUUUUUACACUUCUAG